AGUAUCAUUGGCUGGUAAAAAAAAAGGGUGACAGCCAGUUCAGACGGGAUGUUAGCUUCAUCUUGAGCUAGCAUGCAACAGGAGAAGCAAGUUUUAUGUAAAACGGUCGAGUCGCUGAACUCUUCUGGAAGUUUCCGUGUUCUCGUUGGGGUGACGGGGAGUGUUGCAUCGUUAAAACUACCAGCUUUAGUCGACCAGCUUCUUCAACUCCCUGGGGUGGAUGUCAGAGUGGUCACCACAGAGCACGCCAAGCACUUCUACAAGCAUGCAGAAGUGGCAGUAAAAAUCUACAGCGACAAGGAUGAAUGGGAGCUCUGGAAGGAGCGCACUGACCCCGUGUUACACAUUGAGCUGAGGCGCUGGGCAGACCUGCUUGUCAUUGCACCACUUGAUGCCAACACACUUGGAAAGAUUUCUAAUGGCAUUUGUGACAAUCUGUUGACAUGUGUCGUAAGGGCCUGGGAUACAAGUCGACCUCUUCUUUUCUGUCCUGCAAUGAAUACAGCAAUGUGGCUGCAUCCCAUAACAGCCCAGCAGAUAUCCAGACUAAAAGAGUUUGGAUACAUGGAAGUCCCUUGCAUUUCCAAGAAGCUAGUAUGUGGAGAUGAAGGAUUGCAUAAUUUCCCCCAAACUGUUGCUGUGCCAAACGAUCAUCUGAGCGUAUUGCCUUUCAAUCAGGAAGCCCCCAAAAUGCCUCGGAAUGUGCAGACAGGUAAAGGCGCCAUGGCAGAAGUAUCUACUAUUAUCAGCGUUGUGGAGCAGCAUCUCCACAAAUCGAAAGAGAAACCAGAGGAAUCUCAAUAAAAAACGGACAUCACCAAAUAAAUAUGGUUUUCCUUCAUAUUCAUGUUUGACUGGAGCACAAAAGGAAUUUAAUAUUGUUGGGGUUUUCUUUUCUUGUUCAUGACAAACUUUCACAAAUCAUUCCAAUGUAAUGAUUUUUUAUCAUUCAUGCGUCCUGCAGUUUGGCCAUAAUCUCCCGCUUUGACAAAUGCAUUUAUGUUUAUGCUCCGUUAUCAAAAUGUCUGAUUUAGAAGAUGUGAUUGCAGACUUUUAGAUGGUGGAUAUUCUUGAUUUGAUGAGGUUUUUGUAACUGUAGAACUUUAUACUUAGUGUUUCAAUGAAAAAUGAAUGGAAGAGAUUUUAAUAAAAGAGUGAUUUUUGUAACAAUGUCUUUUCACAGCAAAGAUGAUCCUCAAAAGAAGGUUAAUAUAGUGGUCAGAUUUUGUUCAUAAUCUGGUGUAAUCUAAUUCCUUUAUUUUAUAAAUCACUUUUAUUUACGAAAGAUUUAUUUUAAGGAAGAGUAGCAAGUCCAUCCAUAAUCAGGAUUAGACAAGAUAGUAAGAAACAGAGGGUGGGUUCCGAACCAUUUGUGUGUGUGUUUUUUUUUUAAUUGUCUGUCAAAGCUUUCUCGAUGCCUGUGGGGAUUAAUUACAAGACACAAAGCAAAUUCUUUUCCCAAAAGAUUGGCUUCACAGCAGAGACCAAAUAAAAACAAACCGAAUGCUGACAUGUGUCAAGAUGAUCUGGAUUGUUUUAGCCAAUCUAAACAUUUAUUACAUUUGAAAAAUCUGGUUUUCAAAUUCGGUAUUUGUAUAUUUUAUUGCGUAUUCUGAAACCCAUGUAUGAAAAAGCUUGUAACUGCUAUUUCAAGUGAAGAUCACAUUACUCCUCAGGCAUUUAUUGCUCUAAAAAGCCUCCAUCUCACAGCAGAUGUGGAGUGUGUCUGGAAUAGACGGACAAGAAAAAGAGCAAACCAGGUCCAGAGUUGCUUUACUGACAUCAAUCAGUCGAACAAACAGCAACAACUGCUCUUCAUGGCACAAUGGCGCAUUCUUUGUUACUGCAUGUUGGUGAUACUCGGUGAAAAGUACUCCACUCAAUCCUAAUGAGACACUGUUCAAGCUUGUUUUUUUUAUCUUUUUGCCCUGCCUAAGAUGAAUUUUAUCUUGAUUUAUCUUUCUUUCCAGCAAAUCCAUUGAAAACAUUUGCUUUGCAAAUAGCUGCAGGGCAUUGUUGCUGUUGAGCCCGUGAGGUUGCAGCACAUGGAGCCAUGUGAAUGGCUCACUAAAUGAGAGGCAUCCUUCCUGGAGCCACAAGCAGUCUGUCCUGUUGCUAUUGGCUGAUGGUUAACUCAAGAGUGUGACAUCAACCAAAAUGAUGAGGGGAGGGGUGACAGAACUGGAGUUUACUGCUCGCGUGUCAUUUGUAUUCAAACUAAAGUAGGGUCCAAACAUUAACAUUUUGGACAGUUUUUUUUCUUUUACCAGCCUUCAUUGUGUUUUUCUUUGAAUUUGGACGUCUAUUUGUUUCCCGAGGAAAAGGAGAACAGUACUAAGUAAUGUUUUAACAAGAGGCUCAAGUCCUAACACCUGGAUUACAUGAAAUGAUGGCAGAAAGGACCCUCUUUUUGUCCUGGUUAUGGCCUAUGCUGGGCUCAGGACAAGCUGUUGUUGAGCGUGAUACCUUGAACAGUCCAUGACAAUAUAAAUACGCAUUCUAUCUGAAUGCAUAUUUAAAAUAAAUAUGGAU